AGCAGAGGCACAGUCCUCAGCUCCCCUCAGAGUGCAGCCGGGUGCCAAGCUCCAAGAUCCAGUGGUGGCUGCUGUCAUUGUGGGGGAGUCUAGCCUCUCCCAGAAGAAGACACAGCAGAAUGGCCACCUCAACAGAUUUGCUGCUGCUGCUGCUGCUCCUGGGCCAGCCCUGGGCAGGGGCUGCUGCUGAUUCAGAGGCUGUGGUAUGCCAGGGGACUGCCUGCUAUACUGCCCACUGGGGCCAGCUGAGCGCCGCUGAAGCCCAGCAUCGCUGCAAUGAGAAUGGAGGCAAUCUAGCCACGGUGAAGAGCGAGGAGGAGGCCCGGCAUGUCCAGCAAGCCCUGGCUCAGCUCUUGAAGACCAAGGAACCCUUGGAAGCCAAGAUGGGCAAAUUCUGGAUCGGGCUCCAGCGAGAGAAGGGCAAGUGUACGUACCAUGAUUUGCCAAUGAAGGGCUUCAGCUGGGUGAGUGGUGGAGAGGACACAGCUUAUUCUAACUGGUACAAAGAGAGCAAGAGAUCCUGUACCUCUAAGCGCUGUGUGUCCCUGAUACUGGACCUGUCCUUGACACCUCACCCCAGCCACCUCCCCAAGUGGUAUGAGAGCCCCUGUGGGACUCCUGGUGAUCCAGGUAAAAACAUUGAAGGUUUCCUUUGCAAGUUCAACUUCAAAGGCAUGUGCAGUCCCCUCGCCCUGGGUGGCCCAGGGCAGGUGACUUAUACCACCCCUUUCCAGGCCACUACCUCCUCCCUAGAGGCUGUGCCUUUUGCUUCUGCUGCCAAUGUAGCCUGUGGGAAUAAGCCUGAGAAUAAGAUCCAUUAUUUGCUAUGCACGGAAAAGACGCCAGGUACAUUUCAUUGGGGGAGCUCAGGCCCCCUCUGUGUCAGCCCCGAGUUUGGCUGCAGUUUUAACAAUGGGGGCUGUCAGCAGGACUGCUUCGAAGGUGGGGAUGGCUCCUUCCGCUGUGGCUGCCGGCCUGGAUUUCGGCUGCUGGACGACUUAGUAACUUGUGCUUCUCGGAACCCCUGUAGCUCCAGUCCAUGCACAGGAGGGGGCACAUGUCAUCCUGUACCCCUCAGCGAAAACUACACAUGCCAGUGUCCAAAUGGCUACCAGCUGGACUCUAGCCAAGUACACUGUGCGGAUAUAGAUGAGUGUCAAGACGCCCCCUGUGCCCAGGGGUGUAUCAACACUCCUGGAGGCUUCCAGUGUGAAUGUUGGGUGGGCUACCAAUCCAGUGGCCCCAAAGAGGAGUUCUGUGAGGAUGUGGAUGAAUGUGCCCACUCGCCCUGUGCCCAUGACUGUGUCAACACUGUUGGCUCUUUCCACUGCUCCUGUAAAGAUGGCUAUGCCUUGUCUGGGGAAGACAGUACCCAAUGUGAGGAUAUAGACGAGUGUUUGAACUCCAGCAGCAAUCCAUGUGACACCCUUUGCUUCAACUCGGAGGGUUCCUUCAGCUGUGGCUGCCUGCCGGGCUGGGAGCUGGCUCCCAAUGGAGUCUCUUGUAUCAAGGGCAUUGUGUCUUCAGAACCACCAACCAGACCUCUCGAAAAGGCAGGCAAAGAUGACCGAAAGGAGAGUACUGUGCCUCCUUCUGAAAUGCCCACUUCUUCCAGAGGCUCUGAGAAUAUCUCCAAGGGAGGACACACCACAGAUCAUCCCUCUCUCCCAUCGGAUACCCCCACUGCCUCUGUUCCACCAGAAAUAUCAGUCCCUAGUGAGGCAUCUGGUGUUUGGAUGGAGUUGAGUACACACCUCCCCACGGCCACUGGCCACAGCAAGCCCACACAUGAAGAUUCUGUGGCAGCACACAGUGACAAUGACACCAAUGGGCAGAAGCUGCUUCUGUUCUACAUCCUGGGCACUGUGGUGGCUAUCUCACUCUUGCUGGCUCUGGCCUUAGGGCUUCUUAUUUAUCGUAAACGGAGAGCCAAGAAGGAGGAGAUAAAAGAGAAGAAGCCCCAGAAUACAGCUGACAGCUAUGCCUGGGUUCCAGAGCGAGCUGAGAGCCGAGCCCUGGAGAAUCAGUACAGCCCAACACCUGGGACAGACUGCUGAAGACAAUGUGGCCAUAGAAAAACAGGCAGCUGCCACUACUUUCAGAACUUUCCACUCCCGGAUAAGUGAUCAUUCUGAAAAGACUGGACUGGACUCUCAGCAAAGAAUGUGCACUGUCCCCUUAAGAGCCUGGUGACAUGGGAUGGGCAGGUAUUCUCCAGCUGCAUUUGCUAUGUCUAGGCAUGAAAACUGUGUGCUGGUUUGUCAUUGUGGGGAGUUUUGAAGAUAUUGACAAGCCUCACUCACAUAACCCUUUCAAAUCCAAAAUCAACUGAUGUAAUGUGAUCCCUUGGCUCCCCAUUAGGACAUGAGGCA